AUGUGCCACUUUCAGGUCUCUUCACACUGCUGGUGUGUUAAAUUUUUUGACAUAGGGUGCAGGCAGAUUACGGGCCUCACAUAGCUGCUGCCAGGCCCCUAAUCUGCCAUGGGCCCUAUAUACCGCCUCCUCAUGCUGCUGCCAAGUCCAGAGUCUCUCAUGGGUCCCUGUACGGCCUCCCAUUGCUGCUGUCUCCAUCGCCACACUCUGCCAUGUGCCACUUUCAGGUCUCCUCACGCUCCUGCUGGUUUCCAUUUUGUCAUAGGUUGCUGUAUGGCCUCCCAUUGCUGCUGCCUCCACCGCCACACUGUGGCUCCAAACACUGGUUUUGGCCCCGUGACUGGCCAAAGGAGUGAAGUGUGCAGUGAUUCUAAGAUCGACGGCACGGCACUCAUCUGCAUGUCAUACUGACAGACAGUAUUAUUUCUCUUCCCCAGCAGACUCCAAGGGCAUUUAAAUUAAAGGUACAGUGUUCUGCACUAAUAUUA